AUGGCCUCCCGUUCGCUACUUUCAAGAACUAUCAUGACUCCUCGAAUCGUUGCUGGCACAGGGACCACGACGAGAAGGACACUCAUGCAAGGAAGGAGUCUCGGUUUGAAAGAAAGCCUCAGCAAGGACCCCAGCCCAGAUGAAUUCGACAAGCACAAGCAAGACUCGCUGUCGAAGCAGCGCCAGGGCAAGGGCCACUGGAAGCCGGAGCUAGCGUCGGAGAGCGAGGAGAGCGUCAAGGCCGACCGCAUGAGCCCGCACGAGGCCGGCGAGGCCGCCAUGAAGCGCCUGCAGGAGCGCACCAAGGAGGCCGCCGAGGAGAAGGCCAAGCAUGGCACGAGCAUGCGGGACGGCCUCUGA